UGACAGUAAAUAUGGUGUUUAUGACAGUAAAUAUGGUGUUUAUAAGUGAAUAGUAGUUAAAUACAGCACAGCCCAUGGCGAACGCACGCAGCACAUAGAGAGAAGAUGGAGGAGGGGUGGAUGGGUAUGUGAUCAAUGGGUUGGCAUCGUCACCAACAUGUCGUCGAUGACUUCCCAGUCGUCUUGAAUCAGGACCCAUUCGUGCGCCGAGCGGCGGUGCUCGCCAUAAUGCUGCAACAUGUCGUCCAAUGAAACCUCGACCCCCAUGUCGUUGAUCACGUCUACGCGGGAUCGAAUCACGUCGACCGCCGCGCCAAGGUCAAACUCGGUUUCCACGAGAACUUCUUCGAGGAUAUCUCGGUCCAUGGCGGGAAACGACAUUUCCAACAACGCUAGAUUCUCUUCCUUCCAGAACAAAUACUCGGCCGCAACGUCGUAUCCCAUGUUGGACAAUUCGCACUCCAAAGCAGUCCCGGCGUGCAACGCAUGCACAGACAACGGGCUUGUCUUCGACAUCAUGUUCAUGCACUCCUUGGGGAUCACAAUGUGCGGUCGGGUGGCAAAGAAGGUGGUUGUUGAAGUUGGUGUAGGGGUGUUUUUCGCGGCGAACGACGCAUCGGGCUGUGGGGACGACAGUUCCGUCCAUUGAGGUUGCUGGCACUCAAACGCUUGCAUCGUGACGUACGAGGAUGACUCGGACAAGUUGCGCUCAAAGUUCCACCGCGAGGAAAGGUUGCAGCGGCGGCGGACUACUUGAGAGGUCGAACAAUUCCGAAUGACAAGAAUCUAUCUCCAA